UGAAAGUACGGCCAAAUGUUUACGUUCCCCCGUGUUUACACAUUUCUCAAAGGGUUGAGAGGAAGAAAGGCCGGUGCACGGUCACGUGGUGGGAGGAGAAGCCGCUAUCAUUUCGCAGUCGUCCUCAGUGCAGUGGUUGUGCCCGGUCCGUUCGUACCUCCAGAAGUCGCCGUCAUGGCAGAUUCCGAACACUUCCAGCUCGAGUUUUCUAUGCUGGAGACAUCAGAUUGGUCCGUUUCAGAUCUGCAGUUGGCAGCUGAACUUGGAAAAACUCUGCUGGAAAGGAACAAAGAGCUGGAAACCUCACUGAGGCAGCACCAGAACAUUGUUGAAGAUCAAUCUCUGGAAAUAGAGUACUUAAGGAAACAAACAGCUGCCCUCCGUGAAGUAAACGAUUCUAGACUUAGAAUCUACGAACAACUCGAAGUAAGCAUCCAGGAAUUGGAAACGAACAACCAUAGGCUUACAACACAGUCCAUUAACGAUAAGAAACAUAUAACCAGCUUAGAAACUCAGGUAGAAAAACUAGAGCAUCGUUGUGAAGAACUUUUAAGGGAGGUUGAAGACUAUGAAAGAAAUAAACAGGAUGGACCAAAGGGAGUGAUCGAAACCAAAUCAGAUGAGGCGCAGGCUCUCAGAGACCAACUGUCUGAAGUUCGCACCCAGAAUUCAAGGCUACAAACCAAGCUUAUUGAACUUCAAGAUACUAUCGACACCGUUACUCAGGAGAAUAUUCGUUUGGAAGAACAGGUCUUGUCUAUGCAAAGAAAGCAGGAAGAAAUGGUAGUCAUAGACCAAGUCAGGCAAGGGGAAAUUUGUAGGCGAUGCCUACGAGCUCAGGAAGAAAUGUCAAUGACUGGAGAUGAAGAUGAUGCUUCAGUUAUCGAUUCACUGAUGAAUGAUGACAGUUAUCAGUCUUUACUUAUCAAGGAAUCUCUUGGAGAAUUAGCUGAGCCAAACAACCCUUACAGAUUGCUUGUUGAAAAGUACGAAGCCUUGUUGAAGGUGCAGCAAACCCAAAGAACAGCAGGCAUCAUCAAACCUCAUACAACGGAGUCGACCAAAUGCCUGACACUCCAAGAAGAGCUUCAAAUGUCCGGUGAAUUUUCAUGCUUCCACAGAGAAGAAGACGACGGAGAGUUUGAGACUGUGAUUCAGGCAACAAAACCCCAAUCGACACCCGAUUUUUCAGAAGCGGAAACGUCCUCCUCUGGAUUUUCUGAUGAAGCCAUUAACAAGUCGACUCAAACCGAAGCACACAUUCCCCCAGGAUCGUUUUUGUGUUCGAUUACAGAUGGAGACGACUGUAAAUUUAGUAUUUACGAUGAAGCUAGUCCAAUUGAAACAAGGUUUAGAAAGACCCCAGAAUACAGAAGACUUUUUAGAGAAAUAUUUGAUGUAUUGAAGAGAGCAGCUGAAGCCAAAGACGAAGGAGAAAAUCUUCCUUUGUUAGAAGAUUUAACUCCAAUGUGUGAAAUAGCUCCAAAAGUACCGCCUGCGACUCCAUCUGUGGAAGAUGUGCCUCAAGUGGCCGAAGUGAAACCUGAAACGCCUAUGAAAAGGGACAUACUAGAACAACUCUCACAGGGGGUCAGCACUUCCAAAAAGCACAGAUCACGAAGACAGAAACGGUCCUAUGACCUCCCGCCACCAUCUGUCGGAGUUGGAGUUGUGGUAAGCACAGGAAAAGGCGUGAGGAGGCGAAGAGAAAACCGGCAACGAUCCUCUGAUUCUGGAAGGAGCACACCCGACUGCACAAACAGGCCCAGACCGUUGAACCCUUGGAUAAGUGAAGGAGUAGCUCAAAGCUCAGCUAUCCAUGAAGUAGCUAAGCUUAAACAGCUCGAUAAGUCAUACGCUGAGGUCUUGCGGCAAGGAAGGCAAAAGAGUCAACAGAAAAUGAACAACUGACAAUAAUCAGAUCCCCUUGUGGAUUUGUAUUGUUGACUUUUCCUUCUUACAUGUGAAAAUUUUUUUCUUGUAUUUUACAUUCCAACAAAUCUUCUCUUUAGAAGAUAACCUAGUUUCCAACUGUAUACAGUAUUGUAUAUU